GGAAGAGGCCCGGGCGCCUGCUCAGUACGCGCCGGCUGGGCGACCGUGCGCCGGCGUAGCCAGGUCCUUCCGGGCAGCUGUAGCCUCGCUCCGGCGGGUUAGCGAGGCAUGGAGCCGGUGGGCGGCGGCGGUGAUCGCCGCGGCUCCUCCUCCGCAGACCCACGAAGCACCUUCGUGUUGAGUAACCUGGCAGAGGUGGUGGAGCGUGUGCUCACUUUCCUGCCCGCCAAGGCGCUGCUGCGGGUGGCCGGCGUGUGCCGCUUGUGGAGGGAGUGUGCGCGCAGGGUGCUGCGGACCCAUCGGAGCGUGACCUGGAUCUCCGCGGGCCUGGCGGAGGUCGGCCACCUGGAGGGGCAUUGCCUGGUUCGCGUGGUGGCCGAGGAGCUUGAGAAUGUUCACAUCUUACCAUGUACAGUUCUCUACAUGGCUGAUUCAGAGACUUUCAUUAGUCUGGAAGAGUGUCAUGGUCAUAAGAGAGCAAGGAAAAGAACUAGUAUGGAAACAGCACUUGCCCUUGAGAAGCUAUUCCCGAAACAGUGCCAAGUCCUUGGGAUUGUGACCCCAGGAAUUGUAGUGACUCCAAUGGGAUCAUGUAGCAAUCGACCUCAGGAAAUAGAAAUUGGAGAAUCUGGUUUUGCUCUGUUAUUCCCUCAAAUCGAAGGAAUAAAAAUACAGCCUUUUCAUUUUAUUAAGAAUCCGAAGAAUUUAACACUAGAAAGACAUCAACUCACUGAAGUAGGUCUUUUAGAUAACCCUGAACUUCGUGUGGUCCUUGUCUUUGGUUAUAAUUGCUGUAAAGUGGGAGCCAGUAAUUAUCUGCAACGAGUAGUCAGCACUUUCAGCGACAUGAAUAUCAUCUUAGCUGGAGGCCAGGUGGACAAUCUGUCAUCACUGACUUCUGAAAAGAAGCCUCUGGAUAUUAAUGCCACGGGUGUGGUUGGACUCUCAUUUAGCGGACACCGAAUCCAGAGCGCCACUGUGCUCCUCAACGAGGACGUCAAUGAUGAGAAGACAGCUGAGGCUGCGAUGCAGCGCCUCAAAGCAGCCAACAUUCCGGAACAGAACACCAUUGGCUUCAUGUUUGCAUGUGUUGGCAGGGGCUUUCAGUAUUAUAGAGCCAAGAGGAAUGUUGAGGCCGAUGCAUUUAGAAAAUUUUUUCCUAGUGUUCCCUUAUUUGGUUUCUUUGGAAAUGGAGAAAUUGGAUGUGAUCGGAUAGUCACUGGGAACUUCAUAUUGAGGAAAUGUAAUGAGGUAAAAGAUGAUGAUCUGUUUCAUAGCUAUACAACAAUAAUGGCUCUCAUUCAUCUGGGAUCACCUAAAUAAAGCCAUCUUUAAAGUGGCUUUCACAUUAUAUAACUUUGGGGUUCUGCCUUUUCCAGAAAAUGGAAACUUCAGAUAAAAAUAACUUCAAAUAUAUGUUUUAUAGCUUUGAUUGAUGCUCUAUGAUCACACUGGGGUAGUUUUUAAUGUAUUAGAUGGAGAACAGCUUUGUACAUUACACAGACCAAGAGUUGAGUGUUUUUGCAUCAGGCACGAGCAAACCGAUGACAGCUGUAUUGUACCAGGUCAUGUGGCUGCUGUGUAACAUGACUAGUUUUCCUGCAUAGGAAGAUCAGAAGGGGUUCAUCAAUAGAAUGGAGGCUGAAGACAUUCCAUCACUACCUCUUUGCACUGUUAGAUGAUUUUUUAUCAUGAAGAUAUUUUUUUCUCCCUUAAUAAAGGAGAAAAAAAUGUAUAGAUGGCUUGUUUGAGAUAUUUUUUCUCUGCUUUUCAAUUGUAUGCAUUUUUUUCUGUAACAAUAUUACUGACUUUUUACUUGAUAAAAGUUAAAGAACUAUUUUUGUUUUGGUAUUCUAAAGUUUCUCAGUCAGAUAAAUUGCCAAGACUAAUCAGUAUUUUAUUGUAAGUAAAACAUUUCCCUCAAUAAAGAAAUUGCUAAUGAAUCUUUUUUCCCCCACCUAGUUCUGCAUAGCUAAUUUGCAGACCAGAGAAUUACAUCACCUUAUGUUGGUAUUAUACCAAUAAAACAUACCUUGGAAACUCA